AUGUACUGUCCGGAGAGCCCGCAGUCGGUGUAUCACUCGCCACUGCAGCGGCAUAUCCAGAAUGUGCUGGACCAGAGCAACACCACUUCGCCGCGCUCUCAAAUCCCCGUGCCUGUUCAGCAAGAGUACAGACACCACGAGACACAUCGAGGGCCCGGGCUGGGCUUGAGCUUUGGCUUCAAAGAAAUUGUCAAGAAGGCUGACCUUUUGACGCGCAGCAACAGCAAUGCGCGCAACCGAAACACCGCCUCGUUCCAACCGCGCAAGGGCCAGAAAGGCACCAACAGCUGGCAGCUGAAGCAGUUCGCUGAAGCGACACUUGGAAGUGGCAGUCUCAGAAAGGUGGUCCAGCUGCCUGAGGGAGAGGACAGAGAUGAGUGGCUCGCAGUCAACGUCGUCGACUUCUACAACCAGAUCAACCUCCUCUAUGGCGCCAUCACGGAAUUCUGCUCCCCGCAGUCAUGCCCCGAGAUGAAGGCAACCGACGAGUUCGAAUACCUCUGGCACGAUCCACCAGCCUACCCCAAGCCGACCCGCUUGCCAGCACCUACCUACAUCUCGCUCCUCCUCUCCUGGACCUCCAACCACCUCUCCAACCCCUCCGUAUUCCCAACUUACCCAGGAGUUGCGUUUCCGCCCAACUUCCAGCAAACCAUCCGUACCAUCUUCAAGAGACUGUACAGAAUCUACGCGCACAUCUACUGCCACCACUACGGCGUUGUGCGAGGUCUGGGUCUGGAGGCACAUCUCAACACCGGCUUCAAGCACUAUGUGCUGUUCAUCGAGGAGUUUGGUCUUGCAGAUGAGAAGGGCAACAAGAAGGGCGAAUGGUACGGACCGCUGGGAGAGCUCGUGGAGAGCAUGUUGAGGAGCGACUGA